UGGAGCGCGCGCGCGCUCCGGGGGCUGCGGAGGGAGCUGAGGGCCGCGAGGUGCCCGGGCCCUCGGUGUAAAUGCAGUAUCUGAUGUUUUUAAUCUAAGCUAUAUUGCUGCAAAAAGCCAUAAUGCGGCAUGCCAUCUGUUUUGCGAGGUGAAUAUUCUUGAAUGAAGAUGGCUGACAGAAGUGGGAAGACUGUCCCGGGACAAGUGUAUAUUGAAGUGGAGUAUGAUUAUGAAUACGAAGCAAAGGACAGGAAGGUCGUGAUCAAACAAGGGGAGCGGUACAUCUUGGUGAAAAAGACCAAUGAGGACUGGUGGCAAGUCAAACCAGAUGAAAAUUCCAAAGCGUUUUAUGUGCCAGCACAGUAUGUUAAGGAGGUCACCCGCAAAGCUCUAAUGCCGCCUGUUAAGCCAGCGGUUGGACUGCCAAGUAACUCUAUGAAAAUGAUACAGAAUGUGCCUCUGCAGAGAUCGACAGAAAAUGUGAACAAGGCACCUGAGCUUUCAAGUUUCGGAAAGCCGUCAUCGUCUGCUCAAGGAACAGGUCUUAUUCGUGAUGCCAAUCAGAAUUUUGGACCCAAUUACAAUUCAGGUCAGACUCUCCAUCUAAACCUGGACCUGGCCCAUAAUAAUGGAAAGUUUAAUAGUGACUCACACUCUCCUAAAGUUUCCAGCCAGAAUAGGACACGCUUAUUUGGUCACUUUCCUGGGCCAGAGUUCUUGGACAUAGAGAAAACUAGUUUCUGUCAGGAACAGUCUUGUGAUUCAGCUGGAGAAGGCUCGGAAAGAAUCCAUCAAGAUUCUGAAUCUGGAGAUGAGCUUAGCAGCAGCUCCACAGAACAGAUCAGGGCAACUACACCCCCAAAUCAAGGAAGGCCAGAUUCUCCCGUCUAUGCUAACCUUCAAGAAUUGAAAAUAUCACAAUCUGCUCUUCCCCCACUUCCUGGGAGCCCAGCAAUUCAGAUUAAUGGAGAAUGGGAAACUCAUAAAGACAGCUCAGGGCGCUGUUUCUACUACAACCGAGGAACUCAAGAGAGGACUUGGAAACCACCACGAUGGACUCGAGAUGCCAGUGUAAACAAAGCAGACUCCCAGAGUCCAGGAGACCAAGAGCUGCUUUCAUCAGAAGAAAACUACCACAGCAGUUGUUACAGCCAGUCAGAUAGUCAGUGUGGUUCUCCUCCAAGGGGUUGGUCAGAAGAGAUGGAUGAACGUGGGCAUACCUUAUAUACCAGUGACUAUACUAAUGAAAAGUGGCUCAAGCAUGUUGACGAUCAAGGUAGACAAUAUUACUACAGUGCAGACGGAUCUCGGUCAGAGUGGGAAUUGCCAAAGUACAAUGCUUCAUCCCAGCAGCAAAGAGAAAUAAUAAAAAGUAGAAGCCUGGACAGGCGGCUGCAAGAACCAAUAGUACUGACCAAGUGGAGGCACAGCACCAUUGUACUGGACACCAAUGACAAGGAAUCUCCAACUGCCUCAAAACCCUGUUUUCCUGAAAAUGCAUCUUCUCCCACUUCAUCAAAGCACCAGGACCCAGGUCAAGAGAAAUACGGAUUGUUAAAUGUGACAAAAAUUUCUGAAAAUGGGAAAAAGGUUCGAAAGAACUGGUUGUCUUCCUGGGCAGUGUUGCAGGGUUCAUCUUUGCUUUUUACCAAAACUCAAGGAAGCAGCACAAGCUGGUUUGGAAGUAAUCAAUCCAAACCAGAAUUCACAGUAGACCUCAAGGGAGCAACGAUUGAGAUGGCAUCAAAGGAUAAAUCCAGCAAGAAGAAUGUCUUUGAGCUGAAAACUCGUCAAGGAACAGAACUGCUAAUUCAGUCUGAUAAUGAUGCUGUGAUCAAUGAUUGGUUUAAAGUUCUUAGUAGUACAAUCAGUAACCAGGCAAUGGAACCUGAUGAAGCCAUUGAAGAGGAGGUGCCAGAUUCACCAGGGACAGAAAAGCAGGAUAAAGAAAAAGACCUUAAAGACCUUAAAAAACUUCGUUCUAUGAAAGUAUCUAGCAUAGAUUCUUCAGAACAGAAGAAAACCAAGAAAAAUUUAAAGAAGUUUCUUACACGACGCCCCACGUUGCAAGCUGUUCGUGAAAAAGGCUAUAUUAAAGAUCAGGUCUUUGGAUCUAAUCUUGCUAGUCUCUGUCAGAGAGAGAAUGGGACAGUGCCAAAGUUUGUGAAGUUGUGCGUUGAGCAUGUCGAAGAGCAUGGUUUGGAUGUCGAUGGCAUCUACAGAGUAAGUGGCAACCUUGCCGUGAUCCAAAAGCUGCGGUUUGCUGUCAAUCAUGACGAGAAGUUGGAUUUGAAUGACAGUAAGUGGGAAGACAUUCAUGUCAUCACUGGAGCACUCAAAAUGUUUUUUCGAGAAUUACCAGAACCGCUUUUUACAUUUAAUCACUUCAAUGACUUUGUUAAUGCAAUUAAACAAGAACCAAGGCAGCGAGUUGCUGCUGUCAAGGAUCUAAUCAGACAGUUGCCAAAGCCGAAUCAAGACACAAUGCAGGUUCUGUUUAGACACCUCAGAAGAGUUAUAGAAAACGGAGAAAAAAACCGAAUGACCUAUCAGAGUAUAGCAAUUGUUUUUGGCCCAACUCUACUAAAGCCAGAGAAAGAGACUGGCAAUAUCGCAGUUCACACUGUGUACCAGAAUCAGAUCGUAGAACUCAUUCUUCUGGAAUUGAGCUCCGUCUUUGGACGUUGAUUCUCACAGAAGACAACCUGUGGAUUGAAAUGGGAUCUCAUCAGAUUUCAAAUCUUCAUACAUGUUGUUUGUUUCUUUUUGGACCAAGAAGUGACUCUGGUUUUUGCACUUUCUUGAGGGACCGGGAAGGAAGGGGAGAGUGAAGAUGUCUGUUAGACCCUCAUAUUUGCUGCUUUGUUUCAAGGUGGUAUGACUGUGUAAUUAUGGAUUAUUUUAUCCUGAAUGUUUGCGUUUCACACUCUGAAUUUCAGUCAACUCAGAAUUCUAACCAGUCAUAUACACUGGAUAAUUUGGUAAGAAAAAGAAAAACUUACAUGUUUGUUUUUUUUUUUUCCACCCUGUCAAACUGGAUAAUCAUGAAAUUCUCAAGACUUUACUUAAGUUCUUUACUUAGUACAGAAGUUGUCUUGAAAACUCUUGGGCAGUUAAGACAGAAUGAAGUGUAUUCAUUUUGAAACCUGUGUGCUUUUUCAGGAUUUCUGCAUGCGGUGGCAGUCUGCAGUGCUAAAAUUGAUUAUCUCCCAGAUAGAAUCCCUAGAUGAGGGCUUUUAUUUGUCGCACAGCAUCCUUACUGCGUCUCUUAGUUACUAGCUUGGGCGGCACACUAACGUCCUUCAGCACCGUGAUAGACGGGAUAAAUCAGUUCAGGGUAUUUGGGGGCCGUCUGAUGAUACUAAACCAUAGCUGACAAUCCUGAUUGUAGCGAGUGCCAUAUUGAGUUCUUAGUAUGACCCUGUGGAAAUUUUUUUAUUUUAUGUAAAUAUGGACUAAAGACUUACUUUCCUUAAGCUUGUGUAUAUAAUUAAGUUGUAUAGUCUCCAAAUACCUGCUAACCCUACAUUUCUAACCAUGAUACUGAUAACCUUUACUAUGAAUAAUGUUUCCUCCAGAAAUGGUGAUUAUCUGGGAAAGGUAAACUGUGUGCACUUUCAGACAGACUUUCAUUUACAGACAGAUCACUGUAGUAAUACAAAUGGUACUGGAAAAUACUGAAUAAACCUACUACAUGGCAAAUGCACUACAAGAGGAUCCCUUUAGGUUAUUUAAUAUGUACAGAAUACAUUAGAAAAUGUUACAGAAUUCUAACUCUCCAAUUGGAUUAGUGGAAACUUGUGUGUAAAUUAGAUGGAUGUUGGUUGGAAAAUGACAUUGUUAAAUGUGAGAGUUUCUUUUACAUUACUAAUGUAGAUUAAUUUGUAUAAUAAAACAGGGUUUGGAAGGUUUUGUUACAGGGUGCAUGGUCUGUUGAAAAAAUUUUUAAAUGUAUUUUUCUAGAUUAACUGCUGUAUAUGAAAUGUUUAAUCUAAUAAAAGAAACUAUAAGAGGCUUAGAGACUUUUUCCAUUGGAGAUACGCAUUUUGGUUCUUAACUUUUUGUUUUUGUUUUCAUUUACAGGCAUACUCUUAUACCUCAUUUUAGAAAAUCAACUGAGUUCAAUAUUUCCUGUGGUUAAAUAUAUUUUCCUUACUUCAUGUGUUUUCUGUUCUUUUCCAUACCAGCACCUUCUCAACACACACUAUUUCUUCACCAGUGUUUGAGAGAAAAUGAUUUGUGACCAUACUUCUUUUUCCCAGGAUUGCAUUUACAAUUUAUACAUUGCCUUCCUGGGAACAAGUAUAUACAUAGUUUUUGAAUGAUUGGUCUCAAAACCUCUAUCCUGACUCAUGUUGUUAAAAUACUGUAUUUAUUGUUGUAAUCUUCUUAAAUGGAUAACAAACCAAAUUACUUGACAGCUAAAGCAGAUUGUCUUGGGUAGGGAGAAAAGUCCCAGAUCAUAAUGUCUGUAUCUGCCUGAAGGUAAUGUUAAUCGCAGUAUGCUUUAGGUCACUUGUGUACCAGGAAAUCAGACUCAAAGCUGUGAUUUGUGGUGUUUCUCUUUGUGGUCAUGAACAUGUCAGAGGUGAAAAUUGUCCUGUUUCUUGUUUCAAAGUAUAUGUGUAUAUGUGAAGUCUCGAAUGUGUCGCUGGUCUCCAGCUGAUCAUUUUAUUGUAAUAUUCUGUGUACAAUGAGGUCAGUGUCUUGUGUUCUCAUCCUUUGUGGAUUAAAAUUAUCAAUUGUUUUUGUAACAACAA